GUCGCCAUUGCUGACAGUUUCCUUGUUUUCCUAGUUGUCGGGUAGCUUGGGGGAUCUCGGUACAUUACUGCCUGUUAUGAUCUCAUUAGCAGUGUCGGGUCAGAUCAACCUGACCAGUACGCUAUGGUUUACGGGUCUGUGGAAUAUAUUGUCAGGCAUAAUGUUCCAAGUGCCAGUUUGUGUACAACCCAUGAAAGCCAUUGCAGCGGUCGUACUAUCCAGUAACAUGUCGAUUGAAGAAAAUAUGUCGGCCGGCUUGAGCGUGGGCAUGUUCAUUUUCUUUCUCGGUGCGACUCGUACCAUUCACAUUGUUGGAAAUUAUACCCCGGUUCCCGUUGUCCGUGGUCUUCAACUGGGCACUGGUAUUCAGCUGAUUCGAAAGGCGCAAGGUCUCGUUGCCAAUUUACAGUGGAAAAUUGUGGCCGAGAAUUGGGCGGAUAACUACACUUGGGUUCUUUUGUCGUUUAUUUUUGUCUUUUCCUGUUAUCGUACUCGGAUACCGACGGCUUUGAUUCUGUUUUUAAUUGGAUUGCUAUUUGCGCUCAUUCGCAUGUUUGUGACAGACACGGAGUUGAACUUGCCUCAUCCGGUAGCUGCUGGUCACUAUCCGGAUACCAUCGUUCGUCCUACCCCGAUCGAUUUCGGAAACGGUUUUGUCAACGCUGGCCUGGGUCAAAUCCCUUUGACCACUUUAAACUCCGUCAUUGCCCUCUGUGCCCUCAUUGAUGAUCUUUUUCCCGACAAACAUGCAAGUCCUGCCACCGUUUCCAUGAGUAUAGGCAUCAUGAAUUUGAUUGGCUGCUGGUUUGGCGCUAUGCCUGUCUGUCACGGUGCGGGCGGUUUGGCGGGCCAAUACCGAUUCGGGGCACGCACCGAGGUAUCAGUCAUUGUUUUGGGAGCCUUUAAGCUAUUUUUUGGUAUUCUUUUCGGAAGUUCCUUGGUAGGCUUGCUUCAGGUAUUUCCAAAGUCCAUUUUAGCCGUCAUGCUCUUUGUCUCGGGUGUAGAGUUGGCUUGUGCGGUUCGUGUGAUCAACCGAGAUGAAUACGAUGAAGAAAGGAAAAGAGAAAACUGGACAAUUAUGCUUGUUACGAUGGGGGCACUGGUAGGCUUUUCAAACGACGGGAUCGGGUUUUUGACAGGUCUGGUUGCAGCUGUGCUGUUAUCUGUACAACGCCUGGGCGUGCGUUUGUGGUUCCAACAUACAUGGACCGGCUUUCGGGAAUUGCCGCAACGAUGGAAAGAUCAGAAGUUUGAUGAUAAAGGUCGAGCUUUACCCACAUCGUCGCAGUUGACGCAGAGCCCAUCGACGAAUGAACCUUUAGAAAACCAAGAGAUCCUCGUCUUCAAGUCGGACUCUGACGAUUCGACCAAGAAUCUUCGACAAGAAGAACGUCCACUUUCCUAGUAAACUUAUUCGGUUUUUUCUUGUUCUUUUGUCGGACUGCUCCAUUGCCAGUCAUCUACAGG